GUACCUGGCUCUCAAGGAAUGAGUGAUGUGAAGAGACCAUGAUUUUCAGAAAUUGGCUGACACCUGGCUGGAUGCUGGAGAGAUGCUGAGCCGCUAGACCUGUUCGCACAAAGAUGAGCAACCUGACUCCAUUGACCUGCACGCCUUGGCUUGGAAAGGACCAACAUCCAGGGGCUCAGCGGUGGAACAGGUUAUGGUCAUAGAGCAUGUCUGAGCAGAGGCAACGAUCCCUCUCCACUUCAGGAGAGGCCCUUUACCAGGUCCUCGGCCUGGACAAGAGCUGCAGCCAUGAAGACAUUAAGAAGUCCUACAGGAAACUAGCUUUACGAUAUCACCCAGACAAGAACCCAGAAAACCCUGAUGCCACAGACAAAUUCAAAGAGAUAAACAACGCGCAUGCCACACUGUCGGACAUGACCAAGAGAAACAUUUACGACAAGUAUGGCUCCCUCGGUCUCUACGUCUCUCAGCAGUUUGGGGAGGAGAACGUCAACACGUACUUCAUGCUGUCCAGCUGGUGGGCAAAGGGCCUCUUUGCUGUCUGUGGCAUACUGACGGGCUGCUACUUCUGCUGCUGCCUGUGCUGCUGCUGCAACUGCUGCUGUGGGAAAUGCAAGCCCCAGCCCCCGGGCGAGGAGGACCCAGAGUGCUACGCCUCUCCUGAGGACCUGGAGGAGCAGAUCCGCACCGACAUGGAGAGAGAUGGCGACACCCCCAUUGUGCUCCAGCCAACCAAUGCCAGCGAGAAGACCCAGCUAAUUGGGGAUGGGCACCGGAGCUACACCUAAGUACAGGGACUCGUCAAUGACACCACCUCAGAGGUUACUGCACAGGGCCUCCAACCCCCAAUAACUACUCCUAUACCAUGGCAGUGGCAUCCAUGAAAAAUCCCAAAACUGAGCCUACCUUUGCCCUCUGACUGCCGUCUGUAAAUAGUGAAUGUGUUUGUCCAUGCAAUUGAACUGUAAUUUGCUGUAUUGUGUUUCAACAGGAAUCCAUUCACAAAUCUUUCAAAUAUAUUUAUGUAUUAUCCAAAUUUUUUAAACUACCCAAUCAAUUUCUAAAAGAGUGCAUGAAGGUCACCCAC